UUCGAACAAGAUUAAUGCGUGAAUGUGAACCUCUUCCAAUAUUUUGGAACCGAAAGUGAUAACAGUGAAGGUGAAAAUGAGUUAAUCAAAUCAUUGACUCUGCAUAACGAAAACACGCGGAAUAACGUGGCAGUUGAAUUUCAUAGUAUUAUAAUGAUAAAAAUGCAAUAUCGAGCCAUCAUAACAAGUUUACAACGUGUAAUUCGAAUCAAAACUAUCAGUAAUAACAACCUUAAUCUUUUUGUAUUGGUAAUAGAUGCAGGAUUCAAAUAGAACUGAUAACGUUUAUGGAGAAAUCUAGUGCCGGAUUGAACGAAACAAGUUGCUGUGAGCUUCGAAACAUCAAUAGAAUCACUGCAAAUAAUUUAAAUAGCAGUAAUAACAGUUUUCGUAAGUUCGGAAAAAUCAAUCAAUGUUAAUAGUUCGAACAUUUUUAACUGUAAUAGUUUCACAAGCUAUAUAGCACCUGUUUAUUAAAAGGUUAACCAUAAUAGGGUCCGAAAAUAAUUAACGAUUGUCGGAUAUGCGACAAAUAGUACUACAUUAAGCACAUCAAUCAACAAUGUCUCAUUCUCUUCUGGAUCCUGGUAUUCGAGAGCAGAGUGAUUACAUCAACUGGUCACAUGGCAACGAAACAAGAAAUGACACAUUUCUAACCAUUGAUAUGCAGUUUAAUGCCGGACAUCAACUGCAGAUCAUUGUUUACAGUGUACUAAUGGUAGUGUCUGCCAUAGGAAACAUAACAGUGCUGACACUUCUGAUCAAGAGGAGACUUAAAAAACAUUCUCGGAUAGAUAUUAUGUUAACGCAUUUAGCAAUAGCUGACUUAUUGGUGACUUUUCUAAUGAUGCCAUUAGAGAUUGCUUGGGCGUUUACUGUGCGAUGGUUGGCUGGAGAUUGCAUGUGUCGUCUGAUGGCAUUUUUUCGCACAUUCGGAUUGUACUUAUCAAGUUUCGUGCUUGUUUGUAUAUCUAUGGAUAGGUACUAUGCUGUAUUACAACCGUUGAAACUUUCGAAAAAUAGAGGCAAAAUGAUGAUCACAGGUGCAUGGAUAUUGGCUUUCUUAUGUAGUUUGCCACAGGCGAUUAUAUUCCACGUGGAACCACAUCCCAACGUAACUUGGUAUGAGCAGUGUGUGACGUAUAAUUCUUUCAAAAAUGAUCAUCAUCACACCGUUUAUAAUAUUUUGGUAAUGGUGUUUAUGUACGCGCUUCCACUUUUAACUAUCAUUUGCUCGUAUGCAUCCAUUUAUAAGGAAAUUUUCCGGCAUAGUCGCAUGCCAAACUCUGGCUUUCGACGGUCGAGCAUUAAUGUACUAGGUCGAGCUAAACGAAAAACACUAAAAAUGACUAUUACAAUAGUUAUGGUUUUUGUCAUCUGCUGGACACCAUACUAUGUCAUGUCAAUAUGGUAUUGGAUGGAUCGCCAAUCGGCUUCGUCUGUGGACCAGCGGCUUCAAAAAGGACUGUUUUUGUUUGCCUGCACCAAUAGUUGCAUGAACCCGAUUGUGUAUGGUAUAUACAAUAUUAAAAUACGACGAAAUAGAAAAUCGUGCGAUUGUAUGUCGUUAAAUUCAAAUACAGUUAAGGGACGCGCUGGUGACUACAGUUUCAAAUGAAUAAAUUUAUUUC